AUGACCACUCCUCUUCCCCCUGGUCUUACUUUAAAUGAGAGAGAAACUGAGGUAUUUAAUGGGCUCUCCCGACGACAACUAAGAGCGUUUAACGCUCUGCCAGAUAAUCCAUUGAAACUUAUUUAUAUCCGAGCGACUAUGGAUGCGGAGGAGAAAGAUCGCCAAAAAUCGGACUUGGACCAAAAUAUCCUCUAUACUAUAAUCUACGUUUCUGUCCUUGUUCUACUCACGGUUUUUAGUGUAACCAUUUAUAAGAAUGACGAAGACAAAUUAAUUGUCCCUAAUAGUUCGCUAGGUUUUAUAGCGGAGCAAAGAAUCAAAGACAAGAGCCCAUAA